AUGAGGCUUACUUCAUGGAAUGUCAGGGGCCUUUCGGCUCCUGACAAAAAAUGUCUGGUCAAGAGAACCUUGGCCAAGCUAGACUCAAAAGUUUUUGUUCUACAGGAGACUAAAUUGAAUAAGGAUAAGGUGCUUGAAUUCAUCAAAUAUUGUUAUAAAUGGGAAGGUAUAUUCAAGGAUGCGAGAGGUUCAACCAGGGGCUUGGGAAUCAUGUGGAAUGCCUCCAAAGUAGAUGUACACCCCAUUGCUUCCUUUGAUCACUGGAUGGCGUGCAUUAUUGUUUGUAAGCAGUCCAAUAUAUCAUAUCCUCUGUUUAACAUCUACGGCCCCAGCAGAAUGAAGAAAAAACUAAAAGUUUGGAAUGAGGUCUUCAAUCAAGCAAGCCAAUUGGAUAGUGGUAAGGUCAUCGCUGAUGUGGACUUCAAUGCUCACUUAGACAUUAAUGAGAAGGUGGGAGGUCUUCGAAAGCCCACAAAAGUGAUGGAAGAUUUUUGGGAAUUUGUAUCUAAUUGCAAAUUGGUGGAUAUCUUACCAAAGAAUGGCAGAUUCACUUGGAUCAACAGAAGACUGAAUUUUGCAAAUAUAUCAGAAAGGCAUGAUCGCUUCCUAGUGGGGGAGUGGUGGAUCAAUGGUGAUUACUCUUUAGAAUCCGAAAUAGUGCCUCAAGUUGGAUUAGACCAUCUACCAUUGUCUUUAUCCAUAGCACAGGAAAUGCGAAAUCAAAAGAACUAUUUUAUAUUUCAAAUCAUGUGGUGGCGGGAUGAAGCAUUCCUUGACAAUCUGAAAAUUUGGUGGCAAGAAGGCAAUAUAUACUCUAGUUCCCCUAGCUUUAAGUUUACCAAGAGAAUUCAGUAUCUGAAAAAUAGGAUUAAGGACUGGAAUAAGAACUCAUUCAAAAAUAUCUUUGCUGAGAAAAGUAGAAUCGAGAAAAAGUUGGAAGAAAUAAGCAGUAAGGUAAUGCAAUUUGGCAUGACCAAUGAGGAGUUCGAACUUGAGAAGGAACUAAAAACACAAUACUUGGAAAUUCUAAAAAGGGAAGAACUUUAUUGGAAGGACAAAUCUAGGGAACUUUGUAUUUUUGAGGGGGAUCUCAAUACAAAAUGUUUUCAUGCAUCGUCAAAAGCUAGAAGGAUCAACAAUAGAAUUUGCUCAAUCAAGGAUAAGAAUGGGAAAUUAAAAAACUCAGAUACUGAGUUGGAAAGAAUUGCUCUUGAAUACUUUGAAGAAAUUAUGGGUAGCUCUAAGGAAGGAAAUUCGGGCACCCCUUCAAUCAUAGAGGAGGUCAUUGACCCCCCGAUCUCCAGUUCUGACAGCGACAUGCUCGUGGCCCCUUAUUCUUUGGAGGAAAUAAAAAAGGUCACCUUUGCACUUCACCCACACAAGGCACCUGGACCGGAUGGAAUCACAACUAAACUCUUUCAAAAAGGCUGGGAGUUCAUGCAAAAGGACAUAUGGACUAUGGUGGAAGAAUUUCGGAAAAAACACAAGUUUGUAAAAGAAAUGAAUCAUACCCGAUAG